AGAUGCCCAGCCUGAGGUCAGUGGGAUCUGAGCAGCGCCUCAAUCGGAGAGAUACCUGUCACCUUGGAGGCCCCACCCAGGAGUGAAGGAUGCCACUCUGGGUGUUCUUUGUGAUCCUCACCCUCACCAGUGGCUCCCACUGCUUACUGCCCCCCACACCUCCCUUCAGGGAGCGUCGACACGCAGAUGCCAUCUUCAGUAGCAGCUACAGGAAACUCCUGAGCCAGCUGUAUGCCCGCAAAGUGCUCCAGGACAUCAUGAACAGGCAGGGGGAGAAGAUCCAGGAACAAAGAACCAGGCUCAGCCGCCAAUUAGACAGCGCGUGGGCAGAGGACAAGCAGAUGACCCUGGAGAGCAUCUUGCAGGGAUUCCCAAGGAUGAAGCCUUCAGCAGAGGCUUGAGCUCCCCGUCUCCCAAACACAACUGUACCCUGUUACUCCUACUUCACUUCUGACCUUUUCCUUCCUUUGUAAAUACAAUAAAACCUCAUCUGCAGUUUAGCUUC